AGCGCCGGGGCCGCUCGCCGACGUGCCUCCCGGGCCAGGACGUCGCCGCCGCCGAUGGCCGCCCCGCUGGCCGGUGUGCCGCGCGGCGCAGGGCGGGCGGCGGAGCCCGCGGGCGGCAACCCCCGCGGCGCGGCAGGCUCCCCCCGUCCGCCUCCCCGGCCCCCCGGGGGGGACCCGCCGCCCUCGCCCCCCGACAGGAGAAAAAAGAAAGAUGACAAUAUUUUGGAGAUCCCAUCAAUUCCAAAUCCUUUUCCCGAGCUGUGUUGCUCUCCGUUUGCAUCAGUUUUGUCAGCCAGUCUGUUGCCCAAGGCAACUUCAAGGAAAAAGCAGGUAAUUAAAGUGUAUAGUGAAGAUGAUACUAGCAGAGCUUUGGAAGUACCAAGUGAUAUAACAGCAAGGGAUGUAUGUCAGCUGUUGAUAUUGAAGAACCACUAUAUUGAUGACCACAGCUGGACUCUGUUUGAACAACUUACCCACACAGGGUUAGGAAGAGCUAUAGAGGACCAUGAAUUAGUGAUGGAAGUCCAGUCAAAUUGGGCAAUGGAGGAGGAAAACAAACUGUAUUUUAGAAAAAAUUAUGCCAAGUAUGAGUUUUUUAAAAAUCCACUGAGCUUUUUUCCAGAUCAUAUGAUAUCUUUUCCAAAUGAGACCAAUGCAGCUGUAAGCCACUCUGGGGUAUUGCAGAUGUUCCUAAGCUCCAGCACAUAUCCUGAGAUUCAUGGUUAUUUGCAUGCAAAGGAGCAGGGGAAAAAAUCAUGGAAAAAAUUGUACUUUCUCUUGAGACGAUCUGGCCUGUAUUUUUCCACUAAAGGUACUUCUAAGGAGCCAAGACAUCUGCAGUUUUUCUGUGAAUUCAGCAAUAGUGAUAUGUACAUGUCUUUGACAGGCAAAAAGAUUUUUGGAGCACCAACUAACUAUGGAUUCUGCUUUAAGCCUAACAAAUCAGGAGGAACCAGAGACCUGAAACUGCUCUGUGCAGAUGAUGAACAAAGUAGGACCUGUUGGAUGACAGCAAUUAGGUUGCUUAAGUAUGGGAUGCAGCUGUAUCAGAAUUACAUGCAACCAUAUCAAGGUAGAAGUGGCUGCAGCCCUUUGAAUGUAACACCUAUGAGAAGCAUUUCAGAAAAUUCUUUAGUAGCAAUGGAUUUCUCAGGACACAGAAGCAGAAUUAUAGAAAAUCCAACGGAAGCCCUUUCAGUUGCAGUUGAAGAAGGAUUAGCAUGGCGGAGGAGAGGGUGUCUACGACUCAACUCACAUGGUAGUCCUAUUGCCAUGUCUAACAUGGCUAUACACAGAUCUCAGUCAUGGUUCCAUCAUAAAAUCUCUAGAGAAGAGGCUCAGAGACUUAUUUUGCAGCAUGGACUUGUAGAUGGGGUAUUCCUGGUACGUGAUAGCCAAAGUAACCCCAAAACAUUUGUAUUGUCAUUGAGUCAUGGAUUAAAAAUAAAGCAUUUUCAAAUUGUACCAUUGGAAGAUGAUGGGAAGCUAUUCUAUACCCUUGAUGAUGGUCAUACAAGAUUUACUGAUCUCAUCCAGCUAGUGGAAUUCUACCAACUUAAUAAAGGAGUACUGCCUUGCAAGUUAAAACACUAUUGCGCACGAAUUGCUCUUUAACCAAAGCAUCUGUUGUCUCAUCAGAAGGAAAGGAAGAUACUGGAAUACUUUUUCCCCUAAAGGCAAUUUGUAUAGUAAGAAGGGACAAAGCAUUACAUUGUAAAGAUUCUAUGUUUUAGAUGCAAAAAAUUUAUAUUCUAUAUGGAUAAGAACUUUGCAUUGUGAUUGUCACAGCAAAAUUAACUUUAUGGUUUUAAAAAAACAUUCUUUCCUAUGUAAUUCUUUAGUGUUCUCUUGGACUUCUUUGCGUUUUUUUUUUCAGCUGAAAAUAAUUUUAAAAAAGGUAAUAUUGUGUAACUUCUACAACAGUAUAACUGAAGGGAAGAUCUUUGUUCUUAGGUUUAAAAUUAACUUUUUGUCUCUUCAAAUGUUUCUCAUAAUUUCUAUUCAUCACAUAGAAGAAUAACAUUUAUUGUGGUGAGGAUAAGAAGCUGAACUGCACAUUUUAUUUGUAAAUAAAAUGAAUAAAUAUUUUGCACUAUAUUUUUGAAUGCUACUUUGAGUAUUAUCAUACAAAAAGUUAAAAAAAAUCAUUAAAACUACUUACAACUGAUCAGUUGCAUUGCUCUUACUGUUGUAAUAUUUUAAUGGAUUUUUUCUCUAAUGACUAGAUCUACAUCUUUUUACAAAGCUGGAGCGUCACUUGGCUGUGAUAUGUAUAAACAUGCAUAAAAU